AUGGCGCCUGCAGCAAGCAAAACCAAAAGUAUGAUCGAGGGUUUUGUAAGAGAUGGAUCAUUUAAAUGGUUGAAUAAAAACCAGAAAUCAUCUCAUAAAGAGUUAGAGGAGAUGAAAAGCUCUCCAUCUGCUGAUAAGAAAUGGAUCCACGACCUAUCUGUUGUGGCAAAUAUGGUUGUUCGUCGGUGUUCCAAAAUCCUCAAUAGUUCUACAGGCCAGCUUCGUGAAAACUUUGAGGCGGAGGCUUCUGAUGUCACAAAACACCCAUCACGGUAUGCCCGGAAUUUUCUUGAAUAUUCCUGUUUCAGGGCUCUUGCUCUAUCUACGCAAGUUAGCGGUUACAUCGAAGACAAAAAGUUUCGAAGAUUAACAUUUGAUAUGAUGAUUGCUUGGGAAGUUCCAGAUGCUGUCAGCCUGCCUUCCGGUGAUAUAGACGAGGAUGCAACCGUGGGGGCUGAGGCGUUCUCCCGAAUAGCCCCAGCUGUGCCUAUUAUAGCAAAUGUAAUAAUCAGUAACUACGUUUUUGAGUUUCUUACUGCAUCCACUGGAGGCCGGCUUCGAUUUCCUACCUAUGAGAAAUACCUUAGUGCAUUAGAAAGGGCUAUUAGAAAACUCAAAUCUCACUCAGAAUCAUCUCAACUUUCAUCCCAACGAUCUAGAAGAGGGGAAAGGAUUCUGGAAGUGGAUGGUACCGUCACCACACAACCAGUUCUUCAACAUCUAGGGAUCUCAACUUGGCCUGGUCGGUUAACUCUGACAGAUCAUGCAUUGUAUUUUGAAGCUCUUCGUGUUGUCUCAUAUGAUAAGCCCAUAGCUUAUGAGUUGGCAGAUGAUUUAAAGCAGGUUGUCAAGGCUGAGUUGACGGGUCCAUGGGGAACAAGACUGUUUGACAAGGCCGUCUUGUAUAAAUCAAAUUCCUUAUCAGAACCAGUUGUUUUGGAGCUUCCUGAGCUAAAAGGACAUACCAGGCGUGACUAUUGGCUAGCCAUUAUCCGUGAAGUUUUAUAUGCCCACAGAUUCAUUAGUAAAUUCCGGAUUACUGGAGUUGAACGGGAUGAAGCACUGCUGAAAGCACUCUUUGGCAUUCUACGAGUACAAGCUCUCAAUCACAUGAAUUCUACAAUCCCACUGUGCUAUGAGGCAGGUCUUAUGUUCAAUGCUUGUGAUCAACUUCCAGGUGGAGACCGGAUAUUGGAAACAAUUGCAACCAUUUUGACUUCGAAAGAGCUAGAAAAAAAUAACCCCACUAAAUCCGGUGAUGGAAUGUAUUCAGUUUCAGCUAUUGCCAUGGCUUCUAGCCUUGUGUUUGUCUUUGGCACAAGUUCUAAUGUGCUUAAUCGGUCGCUGAUUACUGCAGGUGAGAUCAUUGUUGGAGAGAUUACUCCCUUGGAGAAAGCCGUCAAUGAAGCAAGAAGCAAUUACAAGAUGGUUGCAGAUGCACAAGCAACGGUUGAUGGAGCUAAAGUUGAAGGCCUUGACACCAACUUGGCCGUGCUGAAGGAGUUGCUUUUUCCUGUGACUGACCUUGGGACUAGGCUUCUCAGACUAUUGUACUGGGAUGAGCCUGCAAAGUCUCUUCCAUUCUGUUUGGUAUCCACAGUCAUCAUUUACUGCGGAUGGCUGUCUUAUGUGGUUGCAUUGCUACUCUCCAUUUUUGCAAUUAAUAUGGUGCUUACGCGGUGUUUUAGCCAAAGACAAGGAGUUGAUGUACUUAAGGUCAUAGUGCCUCCAGCAAUGAACAAAAUGGAGCAGCUCUUGGCUGUUCAGAAUGCAAUUUCUCAGGCUGAAGAGCUAAUCCAAGAGGGAAAUGUUGUCCUCCUUAAAAUACGUGGCCUGCUCUUAUCCAUAUUUCCACAGGCAAGUAAUAGAUUUGCAGCGGCACUCGUGAUUUUGGCUUUGAUUAUGACAUUUGUACCCUUUCGAUGUAUGGUUGUACUUAUUUUCUUUGAAGAAUUCACAAAGUACUCGCCUAUGAGAAGAGCCCAAACCGAAAGAUGGAUGCGGAGAAUGAGAGAGUGGUGGUUUAGUAUACCCGCGGCUCCCGUUAUACUCGAAAGAGCUCAAGAAGACAAGAAGAAGAAGUAA